AUGUUUCUGCCCUCCGGCCCUGGGGCCCUUGCCUCAGUCUCCCUCCUCCUGCCAGCCACCCCAUCUUGUCCACAGUUCCCCAAACCGCCUUCUUGCCUGACCCAGUGCUUGGCUGAUCGGUCAUUUGGCUGCGUCCGCACAGGGCAGCAGACUCCGUGUGCUGGGGGAGAGCUCUUCUGUGACCCUUCUUUCGUCGUGCAGAGCGGUUCCCCUGAGGCACAAAAGGCACGCUGCGUGCUGUCAGUGAUGGGGCUCAGCAUCGUGUCUCCCAACUCUGGGCUCACGCCAGAGUUACCUGAGUCAGUCCCCUCCCUGGCAGCUCCCUCCCCAGGUCAGAAUCAGUUCCAGGGGUUCUGA